AUGCGAUUUCCGGCAACAAUUUGCAUGACAUCGUUUUCCUUGCUACAGCUCGGUAUGAUCACCGAACGCGCAGUUGCUUUAUGGAAACGAAAACGCUACGAAAAUCAUGGAAAAAUUGUUGGGUACUCUAUUGCUGCUUGUUGCAUGAUCACAUCCGUCUUAUUGACAACAUGGACUUUAAUACAAAUGAAUCUUCACAUGCAGACUGUAUAUUGUUCUGCUGGUACUGCUGAAACGGCGUUUAGAGUGAGAACUUUAUCGUUUAUUUUAUGUGGCAUCGAUCUAACUACAUUAUCAGCCACUGCUAUUGUAUUUAUAUUGAACGAGGUUGCGGUAAGACGCAAGAUUUUCGAUCUACAGUCAUCCUAUCAACUUAGUGAGAACGCCAACGUUAUUCGAGUUAUUUCACCAUUGUCAGUGUUUCAAUCCGUUUGCCAUGCAUCGUUUUGUAUAUCAAAUGCCGUGAUCUCAACAUUCGAAAGCAAACUCUCUAUUGUUACAUAUAGGACAUUAUUUGCAGGCACAUAUAUCAUACCUUAUUACACAUUGGUUGCGCCAAUUCUGUUGCUGUUGACGUUAAAGUGGUUUCACCAGAAGCGAGUAACAAAGUUAAAAGUGCUAUCCGUUGAUAGAAAACGUGAUAAAGACAUGUUUUUCCGUGAAAAUGUGACAAACUACAAAAUUGUGACAACUGCAAUCGAACAAAAAGAAACCUAUACAUAG